AUGGAGGUUGAUAAAGUCCUUGCUAAGUAUACAGAAGAAUUGGAGUGCGUCGACAUCGAUGAAAUUCUCGAUGGGCUGUGGAAUGAAGGGAUCCUGAAGGGAUUCGAGCGCACCGAGAGGAAGAAGGAGCGCAAGUUUCUCUUCGAUUACAAGGACGUUCUUAUGGACGGCGCCUCUCCUCUGUUGCGGAAGGGUCGCAAGAACUCUACGGAGGCCUUCUCCUUGCCUCUCGAACGCCUAUUUUACCUUCGUCCAUUGCUCGAAAACGGGAAGGAAUUAGAUGUUGGGAUUGGAAAAAGCAGAGAGAUAUCGAUUCGGAUCAAGCGCCUUACCGAGGAGGAAAUCCCAAAGGAGCAAGUGAAUCCUUUCAACCAUACGACGAAAACCCCGACGAUCGAAAGCGGCCGAAACGCGCAGGACGCGCCCGCCUCCAGCAGGGACGUGACCGACGACGCCGCUGUCAUCGGGAGCGACGCCCCUCCCGACUCGCAUCCCUCCCAGCCUCAGCACCUGGACAUCGCCUUCCAGAGAGCCGAACGCCAUUGGGGUCCCCCGGAUAUGAAGAGGACGAUCAAGAGUUUCGCGCAGAGUCCGCUUCACGCUCACGGCGACUGCUGCGGGGUCGUCGUGAUGAGCCACGGCGACCAAUCGGACAAGUCCUACGUCGUUUACUCCGUGGACCACGCGCCGCUCCAGGUGGAAUGGAUCAUCGGGAAUUUCAGCAACGAGGACGCGCCCGAGCUGCAGAACAAGCCGAAGCUUUUCUUCUUUCAGGCCUGCAGGGGGCAGGAACAGUUUCUGAAAUCCGAGAGUGGCAUGGAGACGGAUUCGUUCCAGGUAGACUGCCACUCGGCCUCUUUCCAGUCGGACAUCUUCGUGGCUAAUUCGUCCAUCCCCGAUUUUGUGAGCUACAGGAAUGUGGAUCGCGGAUCGUGGUUUAUUGAAUCGAUCUGCGAUGUCUUCGCUAAGAAUGCUCAUAACCUGGACCUCCAAAGCAUGAUGACUCUAGUUCAUGAACGACUGUCCAAGUACGAAGGGGAAAGGGGCGAGAAGCAAAGUGCCGAGUAUUGGGUAAGAGGGAACUUCAAGAAGCUCUACUUCAAUCCUGGAAUAGUGGCUGCGAAUCCAUGAUCUUCUGCAAUGAACAGAGAGCUUCAUUUUGGCACAUCUCAGCAUUUGUAUUGUUUCGCAUGCAAAGGCUUGAUCAGAAGGAUUUCCUGCACAUGUGCCACCUCCGACGAAUCAUCUGAGAAAUCUUGAAGAUUUUUCAAGAUAUCGAUGUCAUACAUACCCCUCGUACAUAAUGGACGAUUUCUGUUUAUUCAUCUCAGAAAUCUGAAAAACGAGUGUCUUCUUGGUAUUCUGGGA